GCAGCCGCAGAGCUACCCGCGCAUCACGGCGGCGGCGGCGGCCGCUAUGGCGGGGGACGAGGGGCGGAGGGUGCAGGAGCUUCCGUGGCUGUACCUGGACCGCAUCGGGCAGGAGUUCGGGCCCGUCCCCGGGUGCACCAUGCACGAGUGGCUCGCGCAGGGCCGGUUUCCUGUGGGGAGCGACCUGCGCGUGCGGCUUCCGGAGUGGGAGCGGCACCUGCCGCUGCACCAGCUCUACCCGGACCUCAGCGUGGCCUUCGUGCUGCCGCCGGCGUGGCCGGACCUGCACGGCGACGGCACCCCGACGGGCGCCGGCGAGCCCGGAGGGCCGCGGCCGGCAGCGGGGCCGCCCUCUGAUGGCGCCGCCCCCUCCCACGCGGUCGGGGGCGCGCCGCUCCCGUGGCCGCCCGCGGUGCCCACGGCUCCCGGGGCUCCGGCAGGCGGUUCCGCUCUGGCGCAGUCGAAUCAUCUGUCGGCCGCGUCUCCGGAGUCCGUGCUCGAGAGGUUAUUGCAGAGGUCGACGGCCGACGACCCGAUGCUGCCGAAGCCGCCCCCGCAGCCGUCGUACGCGCGCCUGCAGGAUCUGUUCUCGCAGCCGCAGGAGGGCCCCCCAGUCUGGGAGCAGUGA